AUGGCGUCAGCACCCCGAGCACAACAUAACUUUUACCUGUUUCACCUCUUCUCUCCUUUGCUCCUCGCCAUUCAAGCUGUCAAUGACCGCAACAUGACCCGGAUCUCGUACCUUGUUGCUCUCAGCGCAGCUGCUGCGGCACUGCAGCUCCCACUGCAGCGGCCGAUCAAGAACAACCCACACCCAAGCUUCCACGCAAGACCGCUGGUCAGUUCAGACACCCUGCAGGAUAGUAUCGACAAGGACAGGCUGUGGGAGCGCGCCGAAGACCUGUAUGCGCUUGCCAAAAAGUCGGAGGACGAGUUCAACCACCCCACUCGCGUCAUUGGGUCACCAGGACACCUUGGUACGCUCGAUUAUAUCAAGUCUGAGUUGGCUUCUCUCGGGGGCUAUUAUAAUGUGUCGGAGCAGGAAUUCGACGCCUACGCGGGCAGGGUCAAGGAAUUCCGUCUCGUCAUUCAUGAUACAGUGCCUAAUACGACUACGGCCUUCUCGCUCACACCGCCGACUAAGGACAAUGAACCCGUUUUCGGAGAGUUAAUUUUGGUUGGAGACACGGGCUGCAAGGCGUCUGAUUAUCCUCGCAAGGUCAAGGGGAAUAUUGCGCUGAUACAGAGGGGAAAGUGUGCCUUUGGCGAUAAAUCUCAGCUUGCUGGAAGAGCGGGUGCUGCUGCGGCUGUCAUUUACAAUACCGUAGAUGAGGAAUUGCAUGGUGAGCUUGGUGACGGCUUUCGUCGCACCCUGGGCAAGCCCUCGCCUGACCACGUCGCUACCUUUGGGGUCAGCAGCAAAGAUGCCGAGGAGUGGGUAGAAAACCUGCCACGCGGGCAAAUCCUUAAAGGAUCGGCUUACAUUGACGCCACUGUUGAAACGAUCAGGACGAAGAAUAUCAUUGCCCAAACAACUGAAGGCGACGCAAACAACUGUGUAAUGCUAGGUGGCCACAGCGACUCUGUCGAGGAAGGCCCGGGAAUCAAUGACGACGGCUCUGGAUCCCUCUCCAUCCUCGAAGUGGCCUCCCAACUCUCCGCAUUCCGCGUCGAAAACUGCGUCCGUUUCGCCUGGUGGUCAGCCGAGGAGGAGGGUCUGCUGGGCUCAGAGCACUACGUCAAAUCCCUCUCUGACAAGGAGAAUCUCAAUAUCAGACUGUUCAUGGACUACGACAUGAUGGCCAGUCCAAACUUUGCGUAUCAGAUUUACAAUGCGACUGAUGCGGAGAACCCGCUGGGGUCGGAGCUAUUGAGAGACCUGUACGUGGACUGGUAUACCAAGAGCGAGCUGAACUAUACCAUGAUCGAGUUCGACGGGCGCUCAGACUACGAUCCCUUUGUUCGGGCGGGUAUUCCGGCGGGCGGCAUUGCUACGACUAACCAGGAUUCAUUGCAGGGCGCUGAGGGUGUCAAGACGGCUGUCGAAGUUGGAUUAUUUGGCGGCGAAGAAGGAGAGUGGUAUGAUAAAAACUACCAUCAAAUUGGCGAUGAUUUGAACAAUUUGAACAUGACAGCGUGGGAGGUGAACACCAAGCUUAUUGCUCACUCUGUUGCGACGUAUGCGGCUUCCUUUGAGGGUUUCCCUGAAAGAACGAGGGAAGUUGGUGUUGCGUCUUUCAGGAAGCCCAAAUGCAAUGCAUAUUCACCGCAGUUUUGUCGUUCGUAG